AUGGUUUUCCUCGUCAAAGGUUAUAUACUAGCGUGUCUGCUUUGUUUAAAUAUUGUCAAGUCAAAGGAUGGUGUUUUCUAUGGCGGAUCAAUAAGCUAUAAACUUGAGGAGAUUGCAGGAAAGAAAAUAGCCCAUAUUGAACUGAUAACAGGAUGGAAGUUAGGGGAAGGCCCUUGCGGCGCCAACUGUUCAAAGAGAGAUGUAAAUAAAGUGGUCAACGCAAGACGCAGUCAAAAUGAACAAAGUACCGGAAUUCAAACCUAUUUCGGGAAUUUUUCAACAGAUUACGUUGUGAAUAAAACCACAAAAGAAAGAGACCUAAACACGAUCGUUCACUCGAAUUAUACUGAAUGGGUGAUAGCUGUUAGUGAGCAGGCAAUGUGGGAACAAGAGUUCAUGAAAUUCAGCUUUGAAAUGCCAGACGCCGCUGAAGACAUAAAGUAUGAGUUUUAA